AUGCGCUUUCAGGUUCCAGUCCUUCUCAUCGGGGAAAAGAAAUGUCAUAUUGGUGUUAAUAUUGAUAUUAAUAUUGGUUGGAACUUGGUAUGA